GUUCUCAAGCCACAUUUCGUCGGACUCUACCCAGAUCUCCAAGUACUUCGGAGCGGCUUCGUGUGCAGAAACUUUACGGAACAAACUUGAACCUGCCUCAGAACUCUACACUCCAACUUCCACUUUCUACUGUGGGGCAUCUGGACGGUCACUUUACGCAUUUCUGACAGGUUUGAAUAAUUUUUCUGUAGCCUAUCAGAGUUUUGGUUACUCUGGUGAUGCCUCCGGAGUGGAGCCGCUCCGUGACGCACCCGAACUGGUGCACUACUUUUACUUGACCACAGACUUGGUAAAAACUUUUUGCGACACAAUGCAAGGUGUCUGAAAAGUCCCAGGUAGUUUCAAGUUAUGACUUGCGCCCUGUUGGACUGAUUAUCACAACCCGGAGAUGGAUCGAUCAUUCUGGAUAACACAGUUUCAUUUCGCGGUUCAGACUGAAUCAUGAUGCGGUCUCCACCCCUGAGGCUCCUCUGUUUGUGGCUGUGCAGCGAGGCCAUCGCCAACCAACUCCACGGGCAUAAAACAAAGACGACUUUCAGUCCUCAUUAUGAAUCCACCGCCGCUGACAGGAAUGCACCAAGACGGACAUGGCGCACCGUCAGCGGGGAGGACAAAGGGUGGGCACACGAUGUGAAAGCCUCGUGGCUGGAUACUGUAAACCCACCGUCUUCUGAGCUGCUGCGGACUCAUGUACCCCGGCGCUCUGUGCGUAAAAGUGACACUCAUGAUGGAACUCGGUACAUCCGAACUGUACCCAGCAACGAAGCUGUACGCACGCAAGAAAACGACGCCGAUGAGCGGAGAAGGAUUCACUCUCGGAGUGCAUCUACAUGCACUCAGAGAGAAGUGCUUAAACAAACCCCACAUGGACCCACUUGCAGCACCAAGACUAAUGGACACAAACGGCGCCGAAGGCGGAAUGCAAAAUCCAGCAGGGUGCGGAGUAGCGAGUCGCUACAGGAUGGAACCGGAGGCGCAUGGGAGACCCUGCCUGCAGUCAUGACGCAGGAACAGGAGAGGGGAACCGCUUUUGGCCUCAACACCAGCGACUAUGAGAACGAGUACUCUGUGCCGGACUUCCCCGAAACGACGCCUUUCUCCCCGGUAAACACACGGACCAGACGCAAGCAGGUGAGGAACCCGUUCUACCCGGUGACCGCGGAGUCUUACGGAGCGUACGCGGUCAUGAUCACCGCCGCCAUCAUCUUCACUGUGGGUAUCAUUGGGAACGUGUCGGUCAUGUGCAUCGUGUGUCACAACUACUACAUGAGGAGCAUCUCCAACUCCUUGCUGGCCAACCUCGCGCUCUGGGAUUUCGUCAUCGUCUUCUUCUGCCUGCCGCUCGUGGUGUUUCGGGAGCUCACCAAGAACUGGCUGCUGGGGGAAUUCUCGUGCAGGAUUAUCCCCUACCUGGAGGUGGCGUCUCUUGGGGUCACGACCUUCACACUUUGUGCUCUGUGCAUUGAUCGUUUCCGUGCAGCCACCAACAUGCAGAUGUACUACGAGAUGAUCGAGAACUGGAUGUCAACCACAGCAAAACUGGCCGUCAUAUGGGUGGGUGCUUUGCUGCUGGCACUGCCUGAGCUGCUGAUCCGACAGCUGGUCACUGAGGAUGGCGACCCACCAGACGUGACGCCGUGCGAGCGCUGCAUGGUCCGGAUCUCCACUGAGCUCCCAGACACACUAUACGUCCUGGGGCUCACCUACGACGGCGCACGUCUCUGGUGGUACUUCGGCUGCUACUUCUGCCUACCAACACUGUUUACCAUCUGCAGCUCGUUGGUCACCGCUCGCAAGAUCCGCCGGGCAGAGCGGGCCUGUGUCCGUGGAAGCAAGACGCAGAUCCAGCUGGAGAGCCAGAUGAACUGUGCCGUGGUGGCGCUGGCCAUCCUCUAUGGCUUCUGCAUCAUCCCAGAAAACAUCUGCAACAUUGUCAGCGUGUACAUGGCGCCCGGCAUUUCCAGGAGAACCCUGGACAUCCUCCAUCUGGUCAGCCAGUUGCUGCUCUUCUGUAAGUCUGCCGUGACACCUGUGCUGCUGUUCUGCCUGUGCCAGCCAUUCACCAGAGCCUUUCUGGACUGCUGUUGCUGCUGCUGUGAUGAGUGCAGCCCAGCUCACUCCCCCACCACCGCCACCAGUGAUAUCAAUAACGAGUGCACCACCACUGACCUGGAGCUGUCACCGUUCAGUACCGUCCGUAGGGAAGCGUCCACCUCGGCCGCCUACUCUGCUGUGGGAAUUCACUGCUAAGGGCUAAGGUCAAACGUGUUAGGUGGAGCUUCAUCUGAUGUGUGAUCAGGAAUAUAUUUAGUGGACAUAGUGUUAUUUCCUGAGCAACCCAAACUGUUGAACUGUUGUGUUUGCUGGCGGGUAGACUGAGCACGCUACUGUCCGUCCAUUCACUGUUUACAGAGUUUCUAUAUUUGAAAGAAAACAUAGUCAGUAUUAGUUUUUGUCAAUUAUUUUAGUUUUUCUUUUUAACUAACUCACCACUAUUUUUAUUGAAUGUGCACUCGGUUGUACUUUUUGUUUGUUGUCAUUGUGUGUUAUGGAAGCUGAGAGCAGACAUGGUUGCUGAAAAAUUUUUUUAAUGAUUUGACAUAAUGAAACAAUGUGAUAGAAGAAUUUGGUAAACUUUGUUUUAUGAGUGGUAAUUUUGUAAGAAAUUCCCUUAAAAAAAGAGAAAAUCGAGCAUAUGUAGACGUUACUCAGUUUCCGUUAAAAAAAACUAUUACAUUUGCACCGAAAACAUAGUUUUUUAUUUACUUUUGUCAAGUGUUCCUUGAAAUGGUUGUGUUGAGAUCAUGACUUAAAAAAUUAUCUCCAACCAUGGCUGCUGUCACAUUCAGGUUUAUUCUUCUGGAUGUUCCUCCUUCUUUCUUUGUGUGAGUGAGUCUGUGAAAUGUCCAAAAUGGCUGUUGACUGUGUUGUGUUUGUUAUGAAUCGCUAUUGGCUGUGUGAGCAUUUCUUUCGUCACUCUGAGUUUGACAGCAGAAAUGUCUGUACAGCCUGUAAUGUGAUAAGGUAUAAAAUUUGUGGGAUUUUUUUGUUUCAUUUUUCUAGCCACAAGAAGGUGUCACUUUUAUUAAAAAAUAUUUUACAAUA